AUGUCUACUUCCAACGGUACGUCUGCCAACCGCUUCCUCAUCUGGGGCGGCAAGGGCUGGGUGGCUGGCCACCUCAAGGAGCUCCUCGAGAAGCAGGGCAAGGAGGUUUCCAGCACCACUGUCCGCAUGGAAGAUGUCGCCGGUGUCGCCAAGGUGCUCGACGAGAUCAAGCCCACGCACGUCCUCAACGCUGCUGGCUGCACUGGUCGACCCAACGUCGACUGGUGCGAGGACAACAAGGAGCAGACAGUUCGCUCCAAUGUCAUUGGCACUCUGACGCUGGCCGAUCAGUGCGCCCAGCGAGGUAUUCACUGCACCAUCUUUGCGACCGGAUGCAUCUACCAGUAUGACGAGAAGCACCCCAUGGGUGGUGCUGGCUUCAAGGAGGAGGAUGCUCCCAACUUUGUCGGCAGCUUCUACUCCAUGACCAAGGGCCACGUUGAGCCUAUCCUGGCCAGCUACAACAACGUCCUCAUCCUCCGUCUUCGCAUGCCUGUGAGCGACGAUCUUCACCCCCGAAACUUUGUCACCAAGAUCUCCAAGUACGACCGAGUCGUCGACAUUCCCAACAGCAACACCAUCCUCCACGACCUCCUCCCCGGCUCCAUUCUCCUCGCUGAGCACAACAACACCGGCGUCUUUAACUUCACCAACCCCGGCGCCAUCUCUCACAACGAGGUCCUCGCCCUGUUCAAGGAGAUUGUCCGCCCCAACUACACCUGGAAGAACUUUAGCCUCGAGGAGCAGUCCAAGGUCAUCAAGGCUGGUCGCAGCAACUGCAAGCUCGACACGGACAAGUUGGUCAGCAAGCUCAAGGAGUACAACUACGAGGUUCCCGAGCCAGACAAGCCAGAGCCAGAGCCCGUCAAGAAGUCCAAAACACUCAAGGCGGUAGCAUGGACCUUGAUCAACGUCUUGGCCACAGUCUUGAUCGUCUUCACAAACAAAGCCAUCUUCUCAGAUAAAUCUCUCAAGCAUGUGCAGCUCUCGUUCGCCACAUUUCACUUCACCAUCACCUGGCUGGCCCUCUAUGUCCUCUCACGAGAGCGAUUCGGCUUCUUCACGCCUCAGAAGGCUUCCUUUGGCCACACGGCGCCUCUGUCCAUCGCCAUGGCCCUCAACGUCGUCUUCCCUAACCUCUCUCUUGCCUACUCAUCCGUCGCAUUCUACCAGAUUGCGCGUAUCCUCAUGACGCCCUCGGUUGCCGCCAUGGACUACGUCAUGUACAAGGUCACUCUGCCUCUCAAGGCCUGCCUGACCUUGAUCCCCGCCUGUAUCGGCGUCGGUAUGGUCUCUUACUAUGACUCGAGGCCUACUAGCAACACCACCAUCAAGACGACAUCCCAGCUGGGCGUCAUGUUUGCCUUCCUCGGCGUCUUCUUCUCGUCUCUUUACACCGUCUGGAUCUCGGCCUUCCGACGACGCCUGAACAUGACCAGCAUGCAGCUGCUCUUCAACCAGGCCCCCAUCUCUGCUUUCAUGCUCCUCUACGUCAUUCCCUUUGUCGACACCUUCCCCGUCUGGGGUGAUGUUUCACUGAACCGCUGGGUUCUGAUUCUUAUGUCUGGCUUCUUUGCCGUUCUUAUCAAUGUCUCUCAGUUCUUCAUCGUUGCUGAGAUGGGACCUGUCACUAGCACAGUCGUCGCCCACAGCAAAACAUGCAUCAUUGUCGCCCUCGGCUGGAUGUCGUCUGGCCGAACCGUGGCCGACAAGUGUGUCAUUGGCCUGAUCAUGGCCCUGGUUGGAAUUUUUGCGUGA